AUGGCGGUGCAACUGCUUGAAGUUCCUGGCGCGGUGUCAAAGUCCCUAUCGGGUCGUCUCGGCGCCAAACUCGACAGCCGUGCUGUACAGUUCUUCGCCGACUAUCAGCAAAGUCACGACAACUUCCUCGUUGACGUUGAUGGCAAUGAGUUCCUCGACGUGUACGCUCAGAUUGCCUCGAACGCGGUAGGCUAUAACAACCCAACCGUUGUCAAGGCUUCUACCUCCAAUGAAAUGGCCCUAGCGCUGUCCAACCGGCCAUGCUUGGGAGUUUAUCCUGGUGCGCACCUGGCCGACAACAUAGACAGCAUUAUGCGGAUCGCUCCCCGAGGCCAUAACAUGAUGUUCCCCGCACAAUCAGGAAGCGAAGCCAAUGAACUCGCAUUUAAGGCUGCGUUUUUCUUGUAUCAAUUGAAGAAGCGCGGGCUCGGGGCAGAAUGGACUCAGGACGAGCUUGAAUCGUGUUUGAGAAACGAAGAGCCCGGAUCACCGAAGCUGUCAAUCCUGAGUUUCAAGGACAGCUUCCACGGCCGGGGCUUUGGCUCUCUUUCUACCACUCGCUCCAAGCCUAUCCACAAACUCGAUGUCCCUGCUUUUGACUGGCCCAUGGCCAGGUUUCCCGCGCUACAGUACCCACUCGAAUCCAACGUCGACAAGAAUAGAGAAGAAGUUGAAAGCUGUCUGAAAGAGGUUGACGAGCUCAUGAGCACGUGGCGGGACCCGGUGGCUGCUAUCAUCGUGGAGCCUAUUCAAAGUGAGGGCGGUGACAAUCACGCCCCGGCUAGCUUCUUCCAAGGACUGCAAGAUCUCACAAGAAAACACGGUGCCCUCCUUAUCGUCGAUGAAGUCCAGACCGGAUUCGGAGCUACCGGAAGUUUCUGGGCUCACGAAAGCUGGAAUCUACGAGAACCCGCGGACCUGGUGACCUUUGGCAAGAAGGCCCAAAUGGCCGGAUACUUCUUCGGAGACAAGACCUUGAAGCCCGACAAGGCAUACCGACAAUUCAACACCUGGAUGGGCGACGAAGCGCGACUGAUCGUCUGCAACGCCAUCAUCGACGAGAUCCUUGAGAAAGACCUCGUGACGAAGGUAUCAGCCGUUGGAAAUGCCCUCUAUAACGCUCUCGAGAAGCUCGCCCAGUCGUAUCCAGACCGCGUGCGAAACCUGCGCGGCAAAGGUGCAGGAACAUACAUUGCCUUCGACACCGACGGAGCAGCCGCCCUCUGCAAUAAGAUGAAGCUUCUCGGCGUGAACAUCGGCAACUGUGGCAAGAACACCGUCCGUCUCCGACCGAUGCUUAUCUUCGAGGAGAAAUAUAUUCCGAGGCUUAUCGCGGCUCUAGUGAAUGCGUUCAAACUGCCGGAUUCUGUUCAACCGGGUUUUGCCACCUUUUGA